AUGGGUGAACAUUUACGUUUAAUAUGUGAAAUUUCUCAAAACAAUCAAAUUUCUAAAGUUCAAUUUUUUAUUAAAAAACAAGUGAUAUUAACUGAAGAUAUUAGUGCGAAUUUAAUAAGUGCAUUUAAUGAAACAUUAGCUUAUAAAAAAGAAGCAUUAUUUUAUAAAAUCAUUGGUGAAAAUCGUGACCAGAAAAUUCAAUGUAUAGCAAAACAUUUUCCAUUCCCAAUGGAUGUGUCUUUAUUAAUUUUAGAAGAUUUAAGUGUUGAUCAAUUUAUUUCUGGACAAUAUCCAUUAUUUGAUUUGAAUCAUUGUAAAAUUGUUCUUAAAAAUUUAGCAGAGUUGCAUACGUAUAGUUUACAAUUAAAAACAAAGUAUAAUUUUACCGAUUUUCCCGAACUAAUUGAUGAUACAUUUUUUUCAUUCAACAAUAAAUUUGGUGUUUGUUAUAUGAACGCUUCAAUCGAAACAACUAAACAGGCAAUAGAUUGUUAUCCAGAUUUGGCUGAAAAUGUUGAAAUUAAAACGUUAUUCGAACAAGAAGUGAAUCGAAUUUUGGAGAAUAUUGUACGACCAUCGAAGAAAUUUCCAAAUGUAUUUUGUCAUGGUGAUUUAUGGCAUAAUAAUAUUUUAUUUAAAUAUGAAAAAAAUAAACCAACUAAUUGUCGAUUUGUCGAUUUCCAAGAAUUACGAUAUCUACCGCCUGUCCAUGAUAUCCAAUUUUUGCUAUUUAUAAAUACAACAGCAGAAUUUCGCCAAAAAUAUUCACAUCAAUUAUACGAAUAUUAUUAUGAAGAAUUUUAUAAAAAAUUGAAAAAUUCUGGAAUUAAUCCAAAUGAAAUUUUUCCAUUUUAUGAUUAUCAAGAAUGUUGUAGUGAGUUUUAUCCAUUUACAAAAUUUAUUGCUGUUGUUUAUCAAUUAUGUCAUUUAACAAGCGCUGAGUUUAUAACUGAAACAUUUAAAUUAAAAGCGGAUUCAGUGAAUUUAUAUUUGGGUACACGACAUCAGUAUUUCAUUCCAGAAUUAAAAAGAAACACGGAAUAUCGUGAAGCAUAUAGAGAAGUUUUAAAUGAAUUUAUAGAAAUUCUAUAUAAUCGUCACCUUAUACGUGAGGAUUGUUUUGACAUAGUUCGACGGAAAAUUGCUUCCGAUAACUAUGUACUUAAAAAUUACGAAGUUUUACCAAAUCGUUCGAAAAAUUUAUUAAAAAUCACAAUUUUAUUAAAUGACACGAUUACCAGUUUCAAUUUCUUUAUGAAAUGUUUGAAUGAUGACUUAAAUCGAAAAGAAGUUUUUAUAUAUCAGUUAUUAUGCCUGAAUGAUUUAUUAAGUAAUAUGGAAGUCAUAAAUCAAGUGAUGCCAAAAUGUUAUUAUAGUAUUAAUGAUCGGUCGAUUGUUCUUGAAAACUUAGAAGAAACUGGCUUCAAACAUGUUGACACAUUAGAUUGCCAUUUUGGUGAAAUUGAAUCAAUCUUACAUUUAUUGAAUCAAUUGAAUUAA